UGUGAGGUCAUAACUCAACAAACGCGCAAGAAAUCACAGCACAUAAUAAUCGCACGUUUCCUCAGAUUAUCUUUCGACACUAGUUCCUGUAAUGCAAACUACGACUUCUUGGUCAAUCCAGUGCCAGAGAGAUACUACAAAAGGUGCUACAGAACUACCUCGCAGAGAAGCAACGUCUUCCACCAUCGUGCCAUCGUCAUGCAUUUUUUCAACUGGAUUGAACAAGCUGGGAGCGACUACUGGCUUCAUAGACAUUCUAUAGACAUAACGUUUGUAUGUUAUGUCGCAAGCGUCCGUAUUCCAGGCCUAUUUUCCAGAAUUCAACCAGAAUUUCAUCAAGCAAGUAUAUUAUUAACUACUGUUAAGAACAAUGGCCAAGAUUAUAAAUGGCAACCAUAACACUUUAACUUCUGAUGAUGGGCCAAUGAAUGGACACAUCCUGGUCACAGGAGGAGCAGGCUACAUUGGGUCAACGCUCAUUCCUAUGUUGCUGGAACGUGGGUAUGAAGUCACCUGCUAUGACCGCUUUCUAUGGGGAGUAAGUCCCCUUCUUUCUGUAAUAGAAAAUGCACGAUUUCACAUCAUCAAAGGAGACAUCCUUGAUAAGGAUUUACUGAGGCAAGCCAUGGCUGGAAAAACUGGUGUGGUGCAUCUGGCUGCCAUAGUGGGAUACCCAGCAUGUGACAAAGAUCCUGAACUUGCUCAAGCAGUUAAUGUUGAGGGAACGCGUAAUGUAGUGCAGCUGAAGAUGCCUGACCAGCCUGUGAUCUAUGCCAGCACAGGUUCUUGUUAUGGGGCUGUAGAGGGUGUCUGCACAGAAGAGACCCACAUAUCACCACUUUCUUUAUAUGGCCGCAGCAAAGCGGAGGGAGAGCAGCUAGUGCUGAAUGCUGGAGGCACUGCAUUACGUCUUGCCACAGUUUUUGGCAUAUCACCUCGAAUGCGUUUGGAUCUCUUGGUGAAUGAUCUCACCUAUAAAGCCCUGACCAUUAAAGAGUUUGACUUGUAUGAGGGCCACUUCCGUCGCACCUUCCUUCAUGUACGAGAUGCAGCCCGGGCUUUCAUAUUUGCUCUUGAGAAGCAGAAGAUUAUGCAUGGGCAGGCCUAUAAUGUUGGUGAUGAGUGCAUGAAUCUCACCAAAAAUGAAGUAGCUCAAAUUAUCCAAAGCAAGGUGCCCAGCUGCAAUAUUGUGGUGUCAACAACAGGUGAGGACAAAGACAAGAGAGACUAUGAAGUUUCUUAUGAAAAAAUUCGUCGUCUUGGCUUCCGUUCUAGUCUUAGUGUGGAACAAGGUGUCCAUAGCUUGCUCAAGGUACUGCCCAAUCUACUUCCUGAGGAGGUUGCUCGAUGCAAAAAUGUCUAACUCUCAGUUAACUUAUUAAUUACAAGUUUAAAAAAAAAAAUCAGUGGAAUUAUUUAGGGGACCUGCGUUUUGUCAUUGGAGAAAUAUUAUGGAGUUUAUUUUUUGUUUUUGUGAGAAAACAAGGAGGUUGACAUUGUAAUAAUAUAUCAAAUAAUUGUUCCAUCUUUUCAAACAGUGCAGUGACUUAAUGUGCUUCAGCAUUUAUUUGUGGUCUUAUAAAUGUGUUCAUUUGUUGCAAAUUUGUGUGUUUUUAGAAAGCACUUUACACACCUUUAGUGACCGCCUUUCUUUUUCUUUUCAGUAUUGAGUCAAGACACUGACUUAUGUGUGACAUGUCUACAGAUACAUACAUGCAUGUAAAUGCACAUACACAUAUUUGCAAGAAAUGAUCAGUGUACAUGCUGUAUCUUUCAUGCCGUGUGAUAAGAACUUAUAAUUGAUAAGGCUUAAAAAAACCCAUUAUAUUUCUUCCUGUCAGAUUCAUAUCAUAAACGAAAUAGUACAUGGCUAAAGUUAGUACUCAUCAUGUGGGUAUUAUCUUCCAGCAGUGCUAGCCAUGGCUUCUAUGGAUAUAGUUUGUCUUUCCAAUUUGAUUGAUGAGUGAAUACAAAAACCACAACUAUGUGAGGGAUGCAAAAGGGGUUAUAUCAACUUCAUGCAUCUAACUGUACAUCUUGAAUAUGUAUUUUUCAUUCCAGUGUGGCAUCAGCAAAUAGAAUUAAUGGUAUAUAUAUAUAUGUGUGUGUUUGUGUGUAUUUUUAUAUAUGAGAAUGUUUAUAUAUUUAAGUAUACAGAUGUGUACAUGAAAAGUAUUUGUAAUUAUAUGAUGGUUUUAAGAGAAUAUCCAUGUUUGGGAAAUCUUUAAUAAAAUCCUAGAUGUUGACCUCUCAGUCAGUUGAUUGUUUGGAAUCUUUAUUUUGAGAUGUAGUCCACAUGAGAACUUUAGAUUUGGUGAUCAGCUAUCACCAAUUACGAUGUUAAUUUACUUCAUAUAUCUUGAGGACUACAAUUUUUUUCUUGGGUAUGGUUCAUUGUUUAUAAAGCAGUGACAUUAAUUUUUUCCUUAUUGCCAUUGAGUGGGAUCUAUCUUGGUCGUGGUACUUCGCAUUAUUAAUACCCAUUAUUAUUAUUGCCAUGAAGAUGGUCCAGUGCACAUUGGUUAGCACCUGUCACUAAUAUAGUGAAGGUUGCUUAUCCUAGGCUCUUCUCUUAUCUCAGGCAUGCUGUUUUUUUCUCUGCAUGUGGCAACUGUUUACAGGGCUAGCUGCUUUGCUGCGAUAAAGCCUUAGUUUUAUUUAGUAAAACAUCAGUGCCAUGUUGCCGUGACAAUCAGAAAAUGACGCUUAUAAUCAAGACUGAAUUUUUUUUUUAUCUGUUAACAAACAAACAAACAUUGUCUGUUAACAUCAUGUCUUAGAAAAAUGAAAGAAGUAUUAGUGGCCCCUAAAACAAUUCUUGUAAGGCUAUAAGAUUUAUGAAUCACUUUAAAUGUAGUUUAACUAAUAGCUACCAACACAUUGGAAGUGUAGGAGCAAGGUAUUUUUGUUUUAAACUUUGUUGUUUAAUAUUUUCAAUUUGAUAAAAAGCUUAUAAGUGGCAUUCUUGGAUGACAUGUGAGACUGCCAUAUCUUGAAUCUUGCUUUAAAAUAUGGUCAUAAAGGUUUGCCUUUCACAUCUGGACACCUUGUGAUGACAGAUAUAGUUUCUUUUUGUUUUUCGUAUUAGCCUGAGUAACAAAAAAUCAGUUGCUAUUACUUUCCUAUCUGUUUUAAUUUAUGAAUGAAAAACUCUUUAUUUAGAGAGCUCAGAAAAAAUUCUUUCCUGAAAUUCAAAAGCUGCAUGAUGAAAAGUUGAUGGAAGACAUAGCAACAAAUUCUGCAUACCUUCACCUUCCUGUGCAUUACCGCUCUUAUUAGGUAGCAGUCCGAUUCUUCACUUACAUGGUGAUAGAAAUUUAUUAAUACCAUAUAGUACAAGGACUAUUGGCCCACACUUUGUUUGAAAAAUGAUAUUUUUAAGAAUUAGUCUUAUCAGAAAACAGGUUCACUAUUUUUACACAGUUUACAGGGAACACUCAAUGAGUGUGUUUAUUCCAGAUAAGGGUUUUAUAGAAGAAUUGCUUUGUGUUUACAUCAAUCCAUCGUGUAAAUGUGAUAAUUAUGUAUGAGAAUUUGGUCAUAUCUCCAGUAGAUUCUUUGACAAAGUGUUAUUUCAAGAUCUUUUUGUAUAAUAAAAGCAUACUAUAUUGUAAAUGGAUUUUAUAACUGACUAACAAUGCAGUGAAUCAUUACACCUACCUGCAAAAGCAGUUUUUCAUAAAUGUCUGUACAAAUGGUCCAGUUUGUUUUAUGAUAAAGAUUAUAAAUAAAUCCAUUUUGUACAUUAGAUGAAAAGUUAAGCUACUAAGGAAAAGACAUGCUACAACAUUCUAUUUUUACUAUUUCAGAAACAUCUACAUGAGGAUGGAUAAAUUUAUUUUAUUAAUAUGUAAUUUAUCUAUAUAUGUGUGUGUGGUUAAUAAACAUAAUUUCAGUAAGAUUCUUUUGGAAUUGAGUACAGGGUCUUUCAAGCUGUUCUUUGUGUACUAAGCCACCCACAACCCUGUGUCUUUUGUUUCCAUAGAAACAAUUUUCAAGUUCUUUUACACUUGAACUAAGGGUGUUGAGAUCAAAUGCAAAAAACAGAUCUUUCUCAGCUCAAUUUUUGGAUGAAUCAUAAUUGGUUUCCUUGUUAGUUGUAUUCAUAAGUUUUUCUUUAAUCACAUUAAUGUUCUUUAUAUAUACAGACUGUUAAACAUUUAAUUUAUAUUUUGUUGUUGUGCACUAUUGUGUGUUGUUGAUAUAAGUGGAUUUCAUAUCAGAUUGUAUUACCAUGUUUAUAUGUUUUGCUAAGAGGGCUUUUAUAAAAUCUUCACUGCAAUGUUUUAAAAUAGAUUUGUCAUCAUUGAGAACCUAUAGUAUAUAUCUAUAGUAAUGGACUGCAGUGCUUUUGUGCAACUGAAAUAUUUAAUUUUUAUGUAAAAGGAAUAUUAAACAGACUUAAGCAUUCCAUUGUUGUUAUGCCAAAAACCCACAAGUAGAAUCCAAAUAUCAAAGAAUCAAAAUUUUAUUUUUGUUUUUUUCUCUGCAGCAGUGAAAUUGUACUUACCACAUGGAUAACAUAGCCCUUAGAUGUAUUGAUAACUAUCACAAGGACUGCUUACAGAUUUUGUCAGUUAAUUUAGCCGGUUUUCCCAAUAGUAAUACAGGCUUCAUUAAAAGUUACACCAUGACCUUGAGGUUCUAUAGUCUUCUCUAUCCCUAUAUUCAUGCUUUCCUUGCUGAUUAGUCAAGCAAGUCCAUGCUAAUUGGGCAGCUGACUCCCUUCUUGUACACUUUUCUCUGCAGAAAUUUUGUUCACCUGUGAAAUAUAGAUUUAGCUACCUACACACAGCUUAAAAUCAGUAGUAAUACUUAACAAAAGGAAUUUUAGGUUGAUGUUCAGACCAUAAAAUAAUUUUCUAUCUCUUAUUUCCACUAUGAGUAUAAACUACAACUUUCUGGUAAGUAAACUUUCAUGUAUUAGUCAUUGUUUUGGGGCAUUCCAUCAGUGCCACAUACUGUAACCUGCACAAUAAAAACUUGUCACUGUGCACUAAUGAUCUUCAGGCUUCUUCCCUGAAAUGAAUAUCUGAGGAGUUUUUAAAACUACACUAUGAAACAGGAAUUGAUUAAUAAAAAUGUUUGCUACCUUAAAAAAAAAUCAGCAUAGUUAAAAUAUGUGUGAUUUGGCUAACAUAUCAGCUUUGUUGCUAAACCAGAAGUCAAAAGCUUCUGUGAUCCUAACAAUUCACAGAAGUAUGUUUCAAAGUAAUACUCUGUUAAAUAUGUGCCCCCUUUCAUCCCCCUAUCAGAGAUGAUGUGGCCUCUUGGAUGAUUUGUCACUUUCAUGUUAUCUUCUUAAAUUAUUUACUUCAGAUAUAUUUUGAAAGAGUUUCUGGAAUGGUGAAAAAUGUUAUUUCUGUGUGUGUGCUUGGGUGUGUGAGACAAUAUGUAACUUGCAUUGUUAUCAAAUGGUUGCUAAAGGUUGUGGAAAACUGUCAAAAUUAAGGGUUGUCACUCUAUCAUCUAUCUUCUAUCUAAAAGUGCAUGUACAUUUUUGAGUGGAAAAGAGUUAGUUCUUGAAAAGAAGAUUCGAACUUUCAUGCAACUUUGCCCAGGAACAAAGUAUGUCAGUGAGAAAUUUCAUGACCUUCAGCAAUGAUCACAUUAUCAUGGAAGUUGGGAAGGUCCACAUUUGGCUUGUUCAAUUUUUGGUGGGGAUGAGGCAUCACUUUUUGAGCAGAAAUCUUUACCAACGGAAAAAGAUUAUCUUUAUAAAGUACACUUCAUUAACUAUUUAUAACAGUUGUAUGAUUGCCUAAAUAUUGUAAAUUAUCUAAUGCAUUUUAUUGUAGCACAAAUGAUUUGUGGUGUGAAUAAAUGUUGAUUUUUUUUUUGGUAAUAAUGCUAUAGGGUAUUGUAAUAGAUGGGUGAACAUGAAGGAUACAAAAUACAAGUACUUUCUUAAAGGUUUUAAAAAUGCAUAAUAUUAUUUACUAAUGUUGUAUGCACAGACAGCAGACAGCUGUUGCAAGUCAUGCUGAUCUCAAGUCCUGCCAAUGGUGUUUUGUUUCUAAUUAGUAAUAUAUAUAUUUUUGGAGGGUUAGUAGAAAAGGUCUGAUUUUAAUUUUUCAGUUUGAUUCAUGCCCAUGCCUUAUUUGUGAAAACUGUCCGAAAGAACAAGUUUUUAAAAAAUGCAGAAUACUUUGUUAAUACUUGAAUACUAUUCCAUACUUAAGUGAUUAGUCAUGUUCUUUUUCUAUAAAAUUCUUAAAAGAGGACAGGU